CCGCCAGCCAUGGCAGGGCCCCGGGGCCACCUCCUGCUCUGCCUCUUGGCCGCCUGCCUGCCAGGCUCCAGUGUCAUCGGGGCACAGCAGGUGCGAUCCAAACACUGUGAUGUCAAGACCAAGUUUGUCACUCGUGUACCCUGCACCGUGUGCCCUGCCAUCAAGAAGCGGGCGUGUCCCCCAGGCUGGCUUCGGGAGUUCCCAGAAAAGAUAUCACAGGACUGCAGCUACGAGGUACAGCUUGGGGACUCUCUGGUGUCCAUGAGAGGCUGCAGCCUGGAGUGCUGGAAGAAUGUGGUACAGAAGGCCUGCUGCCCUGGCUACUGGGGAUCCCAAUGCUAUGAGUGCCCGGGGGGUGCUGAGACCCCAUGCAGUGGCCACGGAAUCUGCCUGGAUGGCAUAGACAGGAACGGGACCUGCGUGUGCCAGGAGAACUUCAGCGGGUCGGCCUGCCACGAGUGCCGCGACCCCAACCGGUUCGGGCCUGACUGCCAGUCAGUGUGCGGAUGUGUACAUGGUGUCUGCCGUAAGGGGCCGCUCGGGGAUGGAAGCUGCCUGUGCUUUGCGGGGUACACCGGCCCCCUCUGUGACCAAGAGGUGCCCGCCUGCCAGGCUCUGCACUGUCCCCGGAACUCACAGUGUUCUGCGGAGUCCCCCACCUGCCGCUGCCUGCCCGGCUACACCCAGCAGGACGGUGAAUGCCGAGGUCCUGACCCCUGCUCGCCAUCGCUCUGCUCACCACUGGCCCAGUGCUCGCUGAGCCCCAGCGGGCAGGCGGAGUGUCGCUGUCCCCAGAACUACCAUGGCGACGGGAGGGUGUGCCUGCCGCAGGACCCGUGCACUGCCAACCACGGGGGCUGCCCCAGCAACUCCACCGUGUGUCUGUAUCAGAGGCCAGGCAAGGCCUCCUGCUCCUGUAAGCCAGGCCUGGUCAGUAUCAACAGCAAUGCCUCAGCGGGUUGCUUCGCCUACUGCUCCCCCCACUCCUGUGACCGGUCAGCCACCUGCCAGGUGACCCACGAUGGGAAGACCAGCUGUGUGUGCAAGGAGGGCGAGGUGGGGGAUGGGCGUGCCUGCUACGGACACCUGCUCCACGAGAUACAGAAGGCCGGCCAGGUUGGCGUGGUCUUCCUGAGGUUGAGAAUUGCCUUCACCAUACUGGAACAUGGCUGCCGGGAGCUUCUCACCACUUCAGGGCCAUUCACUGUGCUGGUGCCAUCCAUCUCGGCCUUCUCCAGGACAGUAAAUGCCUCCCUUGCACGGCAGCUCUGCAGACAGCACAUCAUCGCAGGCCAGCACAUACUGGAGGAGGCAGGGACCCAGCAUACACGCCGGUGGUGGACGCUGGCUGGGGAGCAGAUCACUGUGACCUUCAACCGCUUCAUGCAGAAACACACCUACAAGUAUGAAAACGAGCCCCAGCAGACAUUCACCAUCCACAAGGCCAACUAUCCUGCAGCCAACGGAGUCUUCCACGUGGUCACUGCUCUUCGGCAGCAGUCCCCCGCAGAACUCCCUGAGGACCCCAAGAGGACCAUCAGCCAGAUCCUCGCCUCCACCGAGGCCUUCAGCCGGUUUGAAACCAUCCUGGAGAACUGUGGGCUGCCCUCUAUCCUGGAUGGGCCCGGGCCCUUCACAGUCUUUGUUCCAAGCAAUGAGGCUGUGGACAGCUUGCGUGACGGCCGCCUGAUCUACCUCUUCACCACAGGUCUCUCCAAGCUACAGGAGCUGGUGAGGUACCACAUCUACAGUCACGGCCAGCUGACUGUUGAAAAGCUCAUCUCGAAGAGUCGAGUCCUCACCAUGGCCAACCAGGUUCUGGCUGUGAAUAUCUCUGAGGAGGGGCGCAUCCUGCUGGGACCUGAAGGGGUCCCGCUGCGAAAAGUGGACGUGCUGGCUGCCAAUGGCGUGAUCCACAUGCUGGAGGGUGUGCUGCUGCCCCCGACCAUCCUGCCCAUCCUGCCCAAGCACUGCAGUGAGGAGCAGCACCAGAUUGUGGCGGGCUCCUGCGUAGACUGCCAAGCCCUGAACACCAGCACGUGCCCCGCCAACAGCGUGAGGCUGGACAUCUUUCCUGAAAAGUGUGUCUACAUCCAUGACCCCAAUGGACUCAACGUCCUCAAGAAGGGCUGCGCCCGCUACUGCAACCAGACCGUCCUGAAACCGGGCUGCUGCAAAGGGUUCUUUGGGCCUGACUGUGCACAGUGUCCCGGCGGCUUCUCCAACCCCUGCUACGGCAAAGGCAACUGCAGUGACGGGGUCCAUGGCAACGGGGCCUGCCUCUGCUUCCCGGACUUCAAGGGCAUUGCCUGCCACAUCUGCUCCAACCCCAACAAACACGGAGACCAGUGCCAGGAAGACUGCGGCUGUGUCCACGGUCUGUGCGACAACCGUCCAGGCAGCGGUGGGGUGUGCCAGCACGGCACCUGUGCCCCAGGCUUCAGCGGCCGCUUUUGCAACGAGUCCUCAAGGAGCUGUGGCCCCACGGAGCAGCCGCAGGAAUGCCACGCGCAUGCCCGCUGCGCCAGCCAGGGGGACGUCAGCAGGUGCCUCUGCCUCGACGGCUUUGAGGGGGACGGCUUCUCCUGCACGCCCAGCCACCCCUGCUCCCACCCAGACCGUGGCGGCUGCUCGGAGAAUGCUGAGUGUGUCCCCGGGCCCCUGGGCGCCCACCACUGCACAUGUCACAAAGGCUGGAGUGGGGACGGCCGUGUCUGCGUGGCCAUCGAUGAGUGUGAGCUGGACGCACGUGGGGGCUGCCACGCCGAUGCCCUCUGCAGCUAUGUGGGACCUGGCCAGAGCCGCUGCACCUGUAAGCUGGGCUUCGCCGGGGACGGCUACACCUGCAGCCCCAUCGAUCCUUGCCUGGCUGGCAAUGGAGGCUGCCACGACCUGGCCACCUGCCGGGCCGUGGGCGGCGGUCAGCGGGUCUGCAGCUGUCCUCCUGGCUAUGGUGGCGAUGGCUUCAGCUGCUAUGGAGACAUAUUCCAAGAGCUAGAGGCAAAUGCCCACUUUUCCAGCUUCUACCAGUGGAUCAAGAGAGCUGGCAUCACUCUUCCUGCUGACAGCAAAGUCACAGCCCUAGUGCCUUCUGAGUCCGCCAUCCGCAGACUGACCCCUGAGGACCAGGCCUUCUGGCUGCAGCCCAGAAUGUUGCCGGAGCUGGUCAGGGCCCAUUUUCUCCAGGGAUCCCUCUCUGAGGAAGAGCUGGCCCAGCUGGGCGGGCAAGAUGUGGCCACCCUGAGCCCCACCAUACGCUGGGAGAUUCACAACAUCAGUGGGAGGGUCUGGGUGCAGAAUGCCAGUGUGGAUGUGGCUGACCUCCUUGCCACCAAUGGCGUCCUACACGUCCUCAGCCAGGUCUUACUGCCUCCAAGAGGGGACAUGCAGGGUGGCCAGGGCUUGCUGCAGCAGCUGGGCUCUGUGCCCGCUUUCAGCCUCUUCCAGGAGCUGCUGCAGCGCCACGGGCUGGUACCCCAAAUUGAAGCCGCCACAGCCUACACCAUCUUCGUGCCCACCAAUCACUCACUGGAGGCCCAGGGGAACAGCAGCAGCCUGGACGCAGACACGGUGAGGCACCAUGUGAUCCUGGGGGAGGCGCUCUCCGUGGAAGCCCUGCGGAGGGGCGGGCACCGCAACUCGCUCCUGGGCCCUGCCCACUGGCUUGUCUUCUACAACCAUAGUGGCCAGCCCGAGGUGAACCGCGUGCCCCUGGAAGGCCCUCUGCUGGAGGCUCCUGGCCGCUCCCUGUACGGCCUGUCGGGGGUCCUGACGGUGGGCUCAAGCCGGUGCCUGCACAGCCACACCGAGUCCCAGAGGGAGAAAUGUAUAAAUUGCACCCGGAAGUACCGCUGUCCUCAGGGCUACCAGCUGGAGCGCACCCCCAAGAAGAGCUGCUUCUACAGAUCUGGUUACACCGUCUCCCUGGGCUGUUCCUACACAUGCGCCAAGAAGAUCCAGGUCCCUGACUGCUGCCCCGGCUUCUUCGGCACACUGUGUGAGCCCUGCCCAGGGGGCCUGGGCGGUGUGUGUUCAGGUCACGGGCAGUGCCGGGACAGGCUCCUGGGCAGUGGGGAGUGCCGCUGCCACGAGGGCUUCCACGGGACAGCCUGCGAGACGUGCGAGCUGGGCCGCUACGGGCCCAACUGCACUGGAGUGUGCGACUGCGCCCACGGCCUGUGCCAGGAGGGGCUGCGAGGGGACGGGAGCUGUGUCUGCAGCCUAGGCUGGCGGGGUCUCCGCUGUGACCAGAAAAUCACUGGCGCUCAGUGCCCAAAGAAGUGUGAUUCCAAUGCCAACUGUAUCCAGGACUCGGCCGGAGCCCCCAUCUGCGUCUGUGCCGCAGGCUACUCGGGCAGUGGCGUCGAGUGCUCAGAAGUGGACCCCUGUGCCCAUGACCACGGGGGCUGCUCCCCCCAUGCCAACUGCACCAAGGUGGCACCUGGGCAGCGGACAUGUACCUGCCAAGACGGCUACAUGGGUGAUGGGGAGCUGUGCCAAGAAGUCAACAGCUGCCUCAUCCACCACGGGGGCUGCCACACACAUGCCGAGUGCAUCCCCACUGGCCCCCAGCAGGUCUCCUGCAGCUGCCGCGAGGGUUACAGUGGAGACGGCAUCCGGACCUGUGAGCUCCUGGACCCCUGCUCUCAGAGCAACGGAGGCUGCAGCCGCUACGCCGUGUGCAAAAGCACAGGGGAUGGCCAGAGGACGUGCACCUGCGACGCAUCCCACACUGUGGGGGAUGGCUUCACCUGCCGAGCCCGCAUUGGCCUGGAGCUCCUUCGAGACAGGCAUGCCUCAUUCUUCAGUCUUCAUCUCCUGGAAUACAAAGAGCUCAAGGGCAAGGGGCCUUUCACAGUCUUUGUGCCUCAUGCUGAUCUAAUAGCCAACCUGUCACAGGAUGAACUGGCUCGGAUCCGGGCCCAUCGCCAACUUGUGUUCCGCUACCACGUGGUUGGAUGCCGGCGGCUGCAGAGCCAGGACUUGCUAGAGGAGGGCUACGUGACCACUCUCUCAGGGCACACGCUGCGCUUCAGCGAGAGGGGGGGCAGCUUGUACCUCAAUGACUUCGCCCGCGUGGUGAGCAGCGACCAGGAGGCAGUGAAUGGCGUCCUGCACUUCAUCGACCGUGUCCUGCUGCCACCUGACGCGUUACACUGGGAGCCUGAUGCCGUCCCCAUCCCACGGAGAAAUGUCACUGCUGCCGCUGAGAGCUUCGGUUACAAGACCUUCAGCGGCCUUGUGAAGCUGGCUGGCCUCCUGCCUCUGCUUCGAGAUAAGUCCCACCGGCCCCUCACAAUGCUGUGGCCCACAGACGCUGCCCUGCAAGCCCUCUCACCAGACCGUCAGGCCUGGCUAUACCACGAGGACCACCGUGACAAGCUGGCAGCCAUUCUUCGGGGGCAUGUCAUCCGCAAUGUUGAGGCCUUCGCAUCUGAUCUGCCCAACCUUGGCCCCCUCCGUACCAUGCAUGGGACCCCCAUUUCCUUCUCUUGCAGCCGUGCCCGGCCGGGUGAGCUCAUGGUGGGUGAGGCUGAUGCUCGCAUUGUGCAGAGACACCUGCUCUUUGAGGGUGGCCUGGCCUAUGGCAUCGACCAGCUACUGGAGCCACCUGGCCUUGGGGCGCGCUGUGACCGAUUUGAGACUCGACCGUUGAGACUGAAGAUUUGCAGUAUCUGUGGGCUGGAACCACCCUGUCCUGAAGGCUCACAGGAGCAGGGCAGCCCCGAGGCCUGCUGGCGCUACUACUCGAAGUUCUGGACGUCCCCUCCAAUUCACUCCUUGGCACUACGCAGUGUUUGGGGCCGGCCCAGCCUAUGGGGUCAGCCCCAAGGCCUGGGCAGGGGCUGCCACCGCAAUUGUGUCAUGACCACCUGGAAGCCCAGCUGUUGCCCUGGUCAUUAUGGGAGUGAGUGCCGAGCUUGUCCAGGUGGUGCCAGCAGCCCCUGUAGUGACCAUGGUGUCUGCAUGGAUGGCAUGAGUGGCAGCGGGCAGUGCAAAUGCCGUUCGGGGUUUGCCGGGACAGCAUGCGAACUCUGUGCUCCGGGUGCCUUUGGGCCCCAGUGCCAAGUCUGCCGCUGUACCUCUCAUGGUCGUUGUGAUGAGGGCAUUGGGGGUUCUGGUUCUUGUUUCUGCGAAGAGGGCUGGACUGGGCCACGCUGUGAGGUGCAGCUGGAGGUGCAGCCUGUGUGUGCCCCACCCUGUGCACCCCAGGCUGUGUGCCGAGAGGGGAACAUUUGCGAGUGCAGCCUGGGCUAUGAAGGGGACGGCCAAGAGUGCACAGCGGCAGACUUGUGCCAGGAUGGGAAUGGUGGCUGCAGUGAGCAUGCCAACUGCAGCCAGGUAGGCACAGCGGUCACCUGCACCUGCCUGCCGGCCUACGAGGGUGAUGGCUGGAGCUGCCAGGCCCGCGACCCGUGCGCAGAUGGCCACCGUGGAGGCUGUAGCGAACAUGCCGACUGCCUGAACACCGGUCCAAACACACGGCGCUGUGAGUGUCAUGCUGGCUAUGUGGGCGAUGGGCUGCAGUGUCUGGAGGAGCCCGAGCCACCGGUGGACCGCUGCCUGGACCGGCCCCCGCCCUGUCACGUGGAUGCUGUGUGCACGGACCUGCACUUCCAGGAGAAACGGGCUGGUGUCUUCCACCUCCAGGCCACCAGUGGCCCUUACGGCCUGAACUUCUCAGAGGCCAGAGCAGCGUGUGAGGCCCAAGGAGCUGUUCUUGCUUCGCUCCCUCAGCUUUCUGCUGCCCAGCAGCUGGGUUUCCACAUGUGCCUCGUGGGCUGGCUGGCCAACCGCUCUGCUGCCCACCCCGUUGUUUUCCCUGCGGCAGACUGUGGUGACGGUCAGGUGGGCACAGUCAGCCUGGGCGCCCGUGAGAACCAGUCGGAGCGCUGGGACGCCUACUGCUACCGUGUGCAAGAUGUGGCCUGCCGAUGCCGUGAUGGUUUCGUGGGUGAUGGGACCAGUACGUGCAAUGGGAAGCUGCUUGAUGUACUGGCCACCACUGCCAAUUUCUCCACCUUCUAUGGUAUGCUGCUGGGCUAUGCCAAUGCCACCUCACGGGGUCUUGACUUCUUGGACUUUCUGAACGAUGAGCUCACCUAUAAGACGCUCUUUGUACCUGUUAACGAAGGCUUUGUGGAUAACAUGACACUGAGUGGCCCAGACCUGGAGCUGCAUGCCUCCAACAUUGCUUUCCUGAGCACCAACGCCAGCCAUGGUACCUUGCUCCCUGCCCACUCAGGCCUCAGCCUCGUUAUAAGUGAUACAGACCCUGACAACAGUUCUUGGACCCCCGUGGCCCCAGGGGCAGUUGUGGUCACCCGUGUCAUUGUGUGGGACAUCAUGGCCUUCAAUGGCAUCAUCCAUGCUCUGGCUCAUCCUCUCUUGGCACCCCCACAGCCUCGGGCAGCAGUAACGCCUGAGGCCCCACCAGUGGCAGCAGGUGUGGGCGCUGUGGUAGCGGCCGGAGGCCUGCUUGGUCUGGUGGCUGGAGCCUUCUACCUUCGUGCCCGAGGCAAGGCCACAGGUUUUGGCUUCUCUGCCUUCCAGGCUGAAGAUGAUGCUGAGGAUGACUUUUCCCCAUGGCAGGAAGGGACUAGUCCAACCCUAGUCUCCGUCCCCAACCCUGUCUUUGGCAGCCAAGAUGCCUUUUGCGAGCCCUUUGAUGACUCGCUCCUGGAGGAUGACUUCCCCGACACCCAGAGGAUUCUCUCUGUCAAGUGACGUGGCUGGGGCUGAAGAGAAGGCAGGAGCAGGG